AUGGGCUCCUUCCAGAAGGAUAAAACGUUCCACUGUGACGUGAUUAUUGUCGGCGCCGGGUUCAGCGGCGUAUAUGGACUUCAUAGAUUUCGUCAGCUGGGCCUCAAUGUGAAGGUAUUCGAGGCUGGGGCUGACCUGGGAGGUGUAUGGUACUGGAACCGCUACCCUGGACUCCGUGUUGACUCAGAAUGGCCUUAUUAUCAGUUGGGCAUCCCCGAGGUAUGGAAAGACUUCUACUUCACCGAACGAUUUCCGAAGGGCGAGGAGAUCAGAAGUUACUUUGACCACGCCGAUAAGGUGCUCAAUCUGAAGAAAGACAUCCAAUUCAAUGCCCGUGUCAAUUCCGCAACCUGGGACGAGACCCGGCUGCAGUGGACCGUGACCACUGAGGCUGGGCACACUGCCACUGCGCAGUAUCUGUGCCUCUUCACCGGCGUCCUUCACCGACAAUAUAUCCCGGGAUUUCCUGACCUUGGAGAAUACGAGGGCCAGGUCUUCCACUCGGCAGCCUGGCCCGAAGGUGUCGAUGUGACCGGCAAACGGGUUGCGGUGAUUGGAGCCGGAGCCACAGGAGUUCAAUUGGUACAGGAGUUAUCCAAGAGAGCCAGCCAUCUUACGCUAUUCCUGCGCCGGCCUCCGAUCUGCUUCCCAAUGAGGAACCGGCCAAUAAUGCCAGCGGAAGAGGAGUGCUGGAAACCCUACUAUGAGCUUCUCUUCGAUGCCAGCAGGAAGUCGCCCAUCGGGUUCCCCGUCUCUCGGCCUACGAAGGGUAUAUACGAUGUGUCAGAGAGCGAGCGGAAUGAGUACUAUGAGAAGCUAUGGAAAACCGGCGGUUUCCAUUUCGGAGCUGGGAACUACCCUCAAAUUCGCGUCGACAAGAACGCAUCACGCAUGGCUUAUGCCUUCUGGGCAAAGAAGACCCGCGUACGGAUUAAAGACCCGAUUAAACGCGACUUGAUGGUACCUCUCGAUCCGCCUUUCUGGAUACUGACGCGACGGUCGCCGCUAGAGAUUGACUAUUACGAGUCGCUGGAUCAGGAUCAUGUUGAGAUCGUUUCGCUGGCCCAGGCGCCGAUCCAGAAGUUUACUGAACGCGGUAUACAGACUGCAGACGGGAAGCACAGGGAGUUUGACAACAUCGUCUGCGCGACUGGCUUUGAGAGCUUCACGGGGUCGGUCGCGACGAUGAAUAUCCAAAGCAAGGAUGGUGUUUAUAUCAAGGACAUUUGGGCGAAGGGGAUCCGAACCUAUCUCGGGAUCCUGGUUCAUGGGUUUCCGAACUGCUUCUUAAGCUACAGCCCCCAAGCACCGACGGUGAUCGCGAACGGACCCACGGUCCUCCAGUGUCAGAUAGACUUCAUCGUCGAUGCGAUCGCUAAAAUGAGAGCGGAGAACCUUGAACGCAUUGAGGCUACGGCUGAAGCAGAAGAGGGCUGGAGACAAAUGAUCCUUGAAGUAGGAAGCAAGACGCUGGCCGCGGAAACGGACUCGUGGUGGACGGCGGCCAAUGUGCCCGGCCAGCCACGACAGUUCCUGACUUACGUCAAAGGUAUUGGGAACUAUGAGACGGAAUGCCGGGCCACGCUUGACGGCUGGAAGGGGUUUGAUGUGAGGGAGCGGCCUAACUGUGGCAAGGAUGGUGUCGAUUCCAAAGCCACGGACUAA